UUACCUCUUUUUAAGUGUACGCUAUGCAUAUUGUUUCCGCUGGUAACUAAGAGUUUACAUUCGGACCUCAGGAAUAUCAAAAUCUUUCAAAAUGCCUCGUGAAGAGUGUGCUCAACGGAACUUUUAUGAGCUUUGUUGUUUGUUUUGCUGUCCCCCGUGUCCUACUCACAUCGCUGCUAAAUUGGCCUUCGUUCCACCAGAACCAACUUAUUCACUAAAAGCAGACGAAACUGGUAGCAAUCAUUCCCUGUAUCUCAACAGCCGUGCCGAGUGGCAGUUCACGAAUGAAGAGCUCAAGUUAAUAGAGGUUUUUUAUACCAGGACAUCUAAAAGAAAUCAGAUUGCUUGUAUGUUUGCGAAGUGUUCACCAUUGGCGAAACAUACUAUUUUGUUCAGCCACGGCAAUGCCGUCGAUCUGGGACACAUGAGCAAUUUCUAUGUGGGUCUGGGCUCUCGUAUAAAUUGCAAUAUAUUCAGUUAUGAUUACUCUGGUUAUGGACAGAGCGAGGGGAAGCCUUCGGAAAAGAACUUGUACGCCGAUGUGGAUGCCGCUUGGCAUGCGUUGAGGACACGUUACGGCAUUCGUCCCGAAAAUAUCAUUUUGUAUGGUCAAAGUAUAGGUACAGUGCCGACCAUUGAUUUAGCCUCCAAGUAUGAAGUGGGGGGUGUCAUCCUCCAUUCUCCUCUCACAUCAGGAAUGAGAGUUGCCUUUCCAAACACAAAACGUACCUGGUUUUUUGAUUCAUUUCCUAGCAUAGAAAAAGUGCCGAAAGUGACUUCUCCUGUUCUGGUCAUUCAUGGUACAAAUGACGAAAUAAUAGAUUUCUCACACGGUCAAGCAAUUUACGAGCGAUGUCCUCGUGCCGUGGAACCGUUGUGGGUCGAAGGAGCCGGGCACAACGAUAUCGAACUGUAUGGGCAAUAUGUGGAGAGACUGCGCAAGUUCAUUAAUGAAGAACUUUCUAACUAGUGGCUGUUUGAUAAAAUCAAUACUUAUUUUACUCGGAAAGGCAUAUCACGAUGUAUUUGCGGAGUACAUGCUGCCUAUUAGAACCUAAUAAAAGUAAUAUGUCCUAUAUUGAUUUGUACUUUUUGUUCCUUUUUGCAGUUGUGAAAAGUGAAAUUUUUGAGAUAUAUUUAUUCAGUAUUGUUUCAGUAUUUUUUUAUGUAUGUGUUGAUUUAAAUAUAUUUAAAUAAGUGUAAGUUAAUGUUUAAGUUGUGAGAAAUUUCUAUUUUGUUAUAUUUAUUAUAAUUUAAAAUUCUUUUGGAUUCAAUCUUGAUUUUAUUUCUUGUUUUGUUGUCUCCGUGGAUUCAUGCAAGACGAUUCAUUUCCUACACUGCCUACAGUUUUCUAUAUGAAGUGCAUACUGUCUAAAAAUUACUAAUACAUUACAGUGGCACUUGCUGCAUAUUUAUUCCAUUGGUUGUAAUUGAUAUGAAAAAUUUUAUAUUUGAGCUAGUCUUUUUUUUUUUUUUUUUACACUUUGUGACCAACUAAUGUUGCCGUCUCUUUUCAUGUCUAGUAUUGAAGACAUAAAUAACUGGCCACAUAGUUAUUGGUGCCGAAAACAUGUUCUAAUAUGUGAACAAACCGCAAAGUAAAAAUAUAUAGCCAUAUGUGUACCUGUUUCUUCCUAUGAUCACUGAAAGUGAUUACACUAUUAAUUUCAGGAAAACAGAAUCAUUUUGCUUAAAAUUUUACUCAAUGAAUUUUUAUCAAACAUAUUUUGCGUACUUUAUGUCUGGCACUAUAAUUUGUAUCAAUGCUCUGAACUCAGUUCAUGAGAGAUACAAGUUGAAGUGAUUGAAUUGUUUAAAAGGAAAAUCAUAAAAUUAAUUUAGUAAAAUGCAAAAAAAGACUGCUUUUUUUACAAAAUGAAUUUAUGUUAGAGUUUGGGUACUACUGUGCAAUCUUGUACUGGUGGGGGGGGGGAUGUAAUUACUCAUAUCUAUAAUGUUAUUAAUAGGUUUAGAUACAUUUUUCAAAAGCAUCAAAGUACUUAGAAAUGAAAUCAAUUUUACUGUGAUGGAUAUAUACAAGCUUUAGGAAUAGUUUUUUAGACUUUUCAAUUGAAUAACCUGACACAUUAAAAUUUCUUUUACUAGCUAAUUGGAAACAAAUUUGGAUCUUUUUUUUUUCUUCAAUCAUCUGGCAAUAGAGCUUAUGGUAUGUUUAUAAAAUAUCCUGUUACAUUGCAUUUUUUGGGGGAGGACUGUGAAUCGAUUCUAUGUUAUUCCUCACAUUUUCAGCUGGCACUUAGAAUUGAUACACAUAAUGUUUAUAAAAAAUUUAGUAAUAGUUCGAUAGAGGGGUCUGUGGGUGUCAAUCAACUUUUAUAUUGUUUUUUAAUAGUUGAGUACAACCUUUCUUCUCCUAAAUGGAUUCUUCAUCUCCCUUCCCCCAAAUAAAAUUGUAUACAAAUUUUUUACAUGCUGUUUGUUCAAUACGUUCAUCUCUUGUGUACUUAACUAUUUUUCCCCAAGACUGUUUUAUAAAUUUUAAAUUUAGUUUUAUUUUCUAUUUCAAAUAAAUUUUUUAAUUAUUCUUCCAGCAUUGAUUGAUAUUUUUUUAUAUUUGUUUUUAAAAUAAGAUAUUCUUUAGGACUCCUCUUUUACCAUUUUGAAGAUGUUCGUUUUUUUUUCUUUAAACAUGAUUUUAUUGAUGUAGUAAAAAUCAGUAGAGUUAGACAAAUUAUGUAAAUUAAAAGUAAGAGUUGAUUAUUUAAUGUUUCUAUAUUAACUGUACCUACAUCAACAAAUCAAUCAUGUGGAAUUAACUAUAAUAGGAACCAGCAUUGUUUGUAUUGUUGAUAUUUAUGUGGCUGUAUUGUCAGUUUUUAAUUUUUUUUUCCAUGAAAUGUCCUGAUCAUAGUGUAUGUGUGAAUGAUUUUAGAAACUUGUGAGUACUUUGUAUUCAUAGAAUUGAAAGUGGACCAUAAAAAAGAAAAAAAAAUGUUGGGCUCAAGCUGAAUUGAACUUCAAUAUUUAUAUUUUUUACCUUAAAAAUUCUUUAUAAAGGCAAUAUUUGUAACAUUAAAAUGCGCUUUAGCAAGCGCAUGUAGUGUUGUGAUAAUUUGUAAAAAUUUAUUUAAUAUUUUUUUAUCUGAAAAAUUAGAAUUGGUAUAAAAAUAUUGGAUGUCAAGUUUCUAACGUUCCCUUCAUAAUAAUUGUCGUCAGUUCUCAUUUGAUGAGAGCAUAUCCAUCAUGAAUUGUAAUUGUGAUAUAUGAUUAAGAGUAGAACUUUCAUGU